GACGCGACUAUAAAAUCGGAGGAGGCGGAGGCACUGAAGCAAUUUUGAUACCAAAACGGUCGCUGCUGUUGUUGUCACUUUAGCUAUUUCGAAAAGUCUUUCGGAUUCUCCAGAAAAGCCACAUGAGCGGAGGAGAGGGGGGAGCUCUUCACGCUCUGACGUACACUGCUGCUGCUGUUGUAACAAUCUGGACAAUGAUGAGCAGUUCAGGAGAUAGUAGGACGCGCUUUGACUUUUUCACUGUCUCGUCUCAUGGGUAGGUGGUAUAGAUCACAAGGAGGUGGACGGGGAACAACAACAAAAAACUGUGCGCGUGCUUUGUGGACUCUUUACUUCCGGAAAACACAAGUGAAGGACAAGACUCUGACGCCAGUUUUCAAAAAGACUUUUUCGACAUUCUGAACAUUAACAUUAAUCCUUUUGUAACAACCGAGGGAAAUAUGUGAACAAACUUUUAUAUUAAUUGAACUUUAUGAUUGUAUUGAGAGUUUCAUUCCACUAAAAGAAAUGUAAAUUGACAAUGUGAUAAACACAACAAUAGCAGCUAAGGGGCCCGUGCAAUAAUCUUCAUGUCUAUGAAACUCAAUAUAAAGUCUAGUCAAAAUAUAAUCCUAUGUGUACUCAUAAUCCGCGACAGAUGAGCUGUAUUGUAAAUAUUGUGACAUAAGUGUUGUGUUCUGUGGAGAAAUAUGUUUUACGGCCUAUAAAAGUGCAAUAACAUUGUAUAAUAUAAGUGUCCAUUUCCGAUGUGCCUUAUGCUAGGUAUACGACAAAGGUUUAUGAUAAACAAACUGUAAACGUAGUUCUUAGAAAAGUGUAAAUGUUUCGUAGAAUACAAUAUAAACCAACGUCUCUUAUUUCAAGAACAUCUUAUCGUGUAGACAAGUAGUAGUUCAAAGUCAUGUUUUACGUAGUUACUUUUUUCGCUUGAAUUCAUAAUCAUUUGAAACAAAAACCCGAACGACUUCUCAGUUCACCACAUCACUUGAUUAAAAUUAGCGUGAAACAUUUGUUGUGAUAAAAAAGAUAUAAAGAAAACAAAAUCAACCCUACUUUGGAAAUAAUUGUAAGAAAAUAAAAACAACUCUUAUCUUUACUCCCUUCUCAACAAAAUUGCAUUCCUGUGCCUUGAGUGCUUACGUGCCCUUAUUUCAGUCAUUCCCGAUGCCUUAUGGUCAACUCCUGUCUUCAGUUCUGCAGUAGCACCGGCGUGGCCCCCGCCCGUCUCACGUGACUGCCCGCAAACUGAGGUGGAGAGCUAACUCCAAAUGCAAUAAUACAUCUUUUCUCGUUUUCUUGGACAAAAAUCCCCAACUGUUCUCGGCCUUUUCCCUCGUCUUACCGGUAUAUUUUACCUAUUAUUGUGUGCAAUACUUUUUUUGGGACUUAUUCUAGAAAUCUUUCACAUUUUUUAUUAAUCGAUGUCUGUAUAAAUUACUAAGUGGCGUGCCUUGUCUUUUUGAGUAACUCAAAUGUGCAAUACUUUUCUUUCAAAACACGGCAACUAAAUAAUAGUGCUAACUGUUUUGAUGAAUUGUGCAAUAAGUGGAUUUUUGAUUUACAUACGUAUCGUGUCAUUUUAUUUCUUAUACCUAUACAGAUUUUUGAAAUGUAUAUAUCUAUUUAGAAAAGCCUUAUAAUAUUUGUCUUUACUAAGUUGUGCAAUACUACAGAGUACGAGAGUUUGCCGUUCCUCCAUUGCUGUACAGUGAAUACCCGCUAAGAAAUCUCUGAGAUAAUUUGUUGUUACUGUUUUUCUCUGUUAUUAUUCGAACAGCUGACAUAAUAACAAAUAAUACGAAACGAAGUCUAAUAUCUAUACAUAUAUUAUAUAAACCUUUACUUUUUGUGCAAUACCAGAGCCCACAUAGCAAUGAGUAAAUAAGGGAUACAUUUCCUCUCAAGUGCAAUAUCACAACCAAAUUAGUACCGGGUAAACAAGGGGGAAUAAUUUGUUUUAAGAAAGUGCAAGGAUGCCACGUCACUUCCUUGUGAAGCGUCACAAACACGUCGGUCUGCCGGCCGGCUACAGGGACCUGGUCCACGACGAGGUCAGCCUGCUCCAGGAGGAGUACCGGAACCAGCUCAGCUCAGACGCCAACAGCGCCACCUACACCACCACCACCAACAGCAGCAACAACAGCAGCAGCUUGACGUCAGAGCCAGGACGCCACAGCGUGAUCCUCCGUGACAGGGACUUGAUGAACGACUACGGCAGUUACGGCUCCCCAGACUCGGGCUACGCCGCCAGCCCCAACAGCAACAGGGAGGUGAGGGAGAAGGAGAACAUCCUCAACUACAGAGAGAACAGUCACAAAAACAGCCACCACCUGGGCCCCCACCACCCCCACCACCACGACUACCGUGCCGAGAACAACAACCUGGCCUGUAAAGCUUUCUACGAAGAUUUCCACAACCACUUCCAUAACUCCUCCGAGCUGUGUGAGGUCGGCGAGUUUCAUCGUGGGCUCGCUAUGGAGCAUGACGACGACGCUCCUAUGGACUUGAGCAUGGGGAGCAGGAAGAGACGGGGGGAUCACGACCACGCUCCGAUCUCUCCCCCGCCCCAGCCGCUCCCAGAGUCGGCCCACCACCCUGCCCUCCCCCGGCACUGCCUGUCUCCCUACAGCACCAAAAGUGUCGUGGACAACUCAGCAGCGGCGGCCACAGCAGCGGCCAUCUACGCUAAUUCCUUCAAGCAGUUUAAUCUGGGUAACAAAGCCGACCUGGCAGCUUACUCCAAAGUCCUCCCUCUCUCCCAGCGGCCCGCCUCUUACACCAUGGAGAGUCUCUCCAUACAGAUGCCCCCUCUCGAGACAGCCCAUUCAUUCCCUGCGCCAAGAAACAGAAUAUCCGAGCCAGUCGUUCCCCACAAAUAUUCUGCGUCAAAUCUGUCUCACAUCUCCAAUCUGAGUCAGUCAGGGCAAUGCAUAAAUGUGGCCACAGGAGAAGCAACAAUAACAGCAGCACAGCAACAGCAGCAACAGCAGCAACAGCAGCAACAGCAGCAACAGCAGCAACAGCAACAACGGCUUCCUUUAAGAGCAGCAGCAUCCCCCACCUCCUCUCUCCCCCCUCUGGUCAAAGUCACAGGCCCGGAGGCCAGUCAUCAGUACAACACGGGCGUGCUAAAGCCCCCAUCUCCUGUACACCAUAAACCAUCUAGCAGAAAAAGAACUCAUGACGACGACAAUGACGUCACAGAAGGCGUUAAAACCAACGUGUCCACGGUUACACAAGCCCACGAUCUGUCCGCCAGGACAGUUCUGGAGAUCCCCCUGAAGAAAACAGCCCCACCACCCUCUUCAACAAGCUUACCGUCAUCCUCAUCAACGACAGUAUCCUCUUCAUCAUCAUCGUCGUUAUCAUCAUCAUCAGAUCUCACCUCCUCCUCGAUCGCCAGCAUGUCUCGGUCAGCACCGACCACGCCGCAACAAGCCAAGACGUCAUCAUCUACGUCAGCAGCCGGACACAGGUCACGUGCCGGGGACACAGCGCCGGUGGUCAGGAAGGGGUCAUCCGGGACACCGGCGGGCAAGCGGCUCAAGGCGGUCAGGAAACUGAACUUUGACAUCGACACCACGUCCCCCGUGUCUGGCACCAUCAUCAAGGACGCCUCGGACUUCCACCCGGCAGGUGUUCUCGCAUCGUGCACGUAGAGUACAGGUGUCCGGAGUGCGACAAAGUCUUCAACUGCCCCGCCAACCUGGCAAGUCACCGGAGAUGGCACAAACCCAGAGCCGCUGCAGGGGGCAAGAACGGAAGUAACGGAAAAGUCUCAGCCACCUCCACCAAGAUCGCCCCAAAGCCUGACUGUAACGGUAACAGCGUCACCGUAGCCUCAGUGACGGUUGCUGAGAAGAAAGAAAAAGGUAACGGCAACAGCGCUGACUCGUCACAUGGCAAGAGCGAUGACCAACUCAAACAGGGCGUGGUUACACUCAACUCUGACUCAGCAGGGGGCUCUUCCUCUUCUUCAUCAUCGCCCUUCUUAACUGCUACCUGCUCUCCACCUCCGCUAGAAGUACUGAAUCAGACCAGUGGGAAGGAACAUGGCAGUCGCAACAGUUCUGUCAUCGCCACCAAUCCUCUCCGACCCCCCAGCGCCACCGGAAGUUCGCUCACCGCGGAAGAGAGGUCGCUGGUGUUUCAAGUUCUCAACAGCCACAAGCGACCUUAUGAGACAGUCACGACAACAUCCACCACUACCAUCAUGACCCCUCUCUCUUCCACCGGCCGGCCUCUGCUUCCCAACUCCAAUUUAGAAGCUGGUAGGCCGAGAGCCAGAACCUUUUCAGCAGAUCAAGCUUCUUCCAGCGUUAACUCGAACGUUCCAGAGAGUCGCGAGGUGUUCUUGUCAAACGAAGACAGCAGAUUUGACCCCCUGAGAGGCACAACGUCUCCACCGCCCCUGGACCUGACGCGGGGUACCAGCAACCGCUCGGAACUGCACGUGCAUGCCCAGCAAACGUACAGAGAGCAGUACUCACGGUCGCCGCAAGACAUCACCGGCCAACUCCCCCACAGAGAGCUCUCACAUCACCACGACGCCAACAGCGGGGCCGCCUUGGACUGCAAUGUGUGCGGGAAACGUUUCCAGAGACAAGCCUACCUUCGGAAACACAUGCAGAGCCAACACUCGCAGCAUACCAACAUAGCGACAGUCAGACAAUCAAACAAACCCUUCAAGUUAGAUCAGAUUGAGCAGCCCCUAAGAGACGCCACAGAUCACCAGGAAAAUGGCGGAGGAGGAGGAGGUGGUGGAGGAGGAGGAGGUGGAGGGGGAGAAAGAGGGGGGAGCAGCGAGCACCUCAAAGCUGUCCCACCAAUAGUCUCACACAAGUGUGGGACGUGCUUCAAGUCCUUCCCAACCGACACCUCCCGCCUCAAACACGAGGCUACGGCCCACCAUAACAACAGCACUAGCGCUCACCUGGUCUGUUCAGUGUGCAGCCACCCGUUCUCUAGCAAGGCAGCUCUGGAGAAACACUGCCGCACUGCGCAUGCGCCAGAGUCAUUCGCCUGUAAAUACUGUAGCAGCAGUUUCCACAGUUCCCCGGCGCUGACCAGACACAUCAACAAGUGCCACCCGACAGAGAACCGACAGGUCAUUCUGCUACAGCUGCCCGGCACCCGCACCUGCUGAAUUGUUCAUACUUAGACCCGUGUCACGUUCGUUUUGUGUUCAUGAUAUUGUUCAGUUUUAUUUGUUGACUUUUGCUAGUACAUGUAAAAUAACACAUUACGUUUUGUUAUUUUGUUGACUGUGCAAUAACAAAUUCUAGCAUUUAUAAAUAAAUAUUCUAAAAAGAAGAACAUCUUCUAUUCUAAUAUAAUUACAAAUUGAAUAUUCUCCUUUUCUACUUACAACUAGAAUAGAUCAAUCAAUAUAGUUUAUGCUUUGACUAAUCGUUGAUCAUGUACCCCCCCCCCCCAACCCACUCCUUUCUUUUUCAACAAUUCAGACUUUACACAAUAAUGAAAAAGCAAAUACAGAAAAAUACAAUUAAAGAAACAAAGCUCAAUAAAGAGAAACAAUGGAAGAAACAAAGAUCUACUGUGUAAUAUUCUGAGUCUGCCUUUAGAGCUCAGAGACAUUUGUGCAAUUUCAUGAAACUUUACUUACGAUACUAUGAAACAAAUGGCGAUUUCUCUGGUGUGAGGAUAACAGAAUACGUGGCUUAUUUUGUGUGUGACAGGCUUCAGAAGAGAAGAAUAAAAGAGACAACAACAGUUAUUGUGUGUGUGGGGGGUGUGUGGGUGUGUGUGUGUGUGUGUGUGUGAGUGUGUCAGAGAGAAAGAAGGGGGAGAAGGGAGAGAGAGAGAGAGAGAGAGAGAGAGAGAGAGAGA